UUGAAAAUGAACAAAGCAGGUUUGAUUUUUAUCGCAAUAUUCAGUGUGGGUUCAUUGGUAUGUCUUAGUUUAGCAGCCGGAACUAUUUUCUGGUUUGGAGUAAGACAUUUGGAUGGUGAUGACGCUGUGCUGAAUUACACAAAAGGGUUCCAAGAACCCGAAUAUCGUUUUACCUUUUUCACUGGAUUGUGGAUGACAUGCUACGACAAGGAAACGCCCGCAAAAGUACGGCGUGAAGCAUCACUCAGAGGAAACUGCACCAUCGACUAUGAUUUUCCCACUCGCGAAAUAGAAGAUUUUUCUCGAGCAAGUAUAGUUUGUAUAAUGCUAUCAAUUGCUGUCACGAUAUUGGGAUGUUUGACUGCAGUUACCGGAAUAGUAGCAAAGAACAGAUCAGCUUUAUUUCACUCGGGCCUUCUAUAUUUUGCAUCCGCGGUUUGCUCUCUGAUCGGAAACUGCACCUUCACGGCAAGAAUUCUUCUGCAAUUCGAUGCUUCUGUUCUCCCGCCAAACGUUACAGAAGAGUUUGGUUGGUCUUACAUUUUAUCGUGGGCAUCUCUAGGAGCGCAAGUUAUAUCUGGAUCGAUCCUAGUCAAAUGUGGUCGAACGUAUGAAGACAAAGAAUAGAAUUAAUAACGUUAUUGCUUUGUGUUGUUUGAAUAUUUAUUAACCUUAUUACUUUUGUGAAUAACUACUGAAGAUCAGAACUGUUUUGUGAUGACAUG